AUGUCCGCAGGUCAGGUCCCGCCAACCCGCGCGGGUCACCCGCAACCCCUACCUGCGCUGAGCCUGCAAUCACGCAGCACUCCUAUGAACCAUGGAGCCGCUGUUAUCAAGUCUUUUGAUCCCGACAGGCUCGGCACCGGCUCAGCCCUCAGCAUCUUCCAUCGCUUCCGGGUGGCGUGCACGCUGCGCCUGUACAUCAAGCAACUCCGCUCCCUCCCGCCCCCUCCAGGUCUCACUAUCGGCGCUCUCCGAACCGGCUACUACACCAAGGGCGCGAUGAUUGAAGAUGAGGUGUACGUCCCGUACCCUUCACUCGACCACUUCCGCCGAUUUCGAAAUCGUGCUGCGUUCUCGGGCUGGGAAGUAACAGCGAACGCCAGCAACCUUGGCGGCGAACCACCUCCAGCCCUCCCUUGUUCCGGCGCUGACUGGACCCCGAUGUCUACCCAUGGUGAUCUCAAUCGAAGUAACAUGACAUUGGACCACCACGGGACGCUAUGGAUCAUUGACCGGGCGGUCGCUGGUAUCUAUCCGCGCUGCAUGGAGCACAUGAUGCUGACGCACAUCGAGAGUCCAGACACGCAUCCGAAGACUGCUGGCUCUUCUUGGAAGCCGUGGGCACCGUUCAUUGCUGGCCGUGUUUCCCGCGCGGAAGGCAUGUACUGCGCGCGGCACGAGAGCCGUUCACAACGUAUCUCAACUUUCACAUUUUGCGUGCACUAA